AUGUCAAUAGAAGUUGUUGUCUUGCUCUUUGCCUUUAAGCUUGCUUAUCCAAAUAAUAUCUAUUUAAUUCGUGGCAACCACGAGUUUGAGAUCAUUAACACAUAUUAUGGAUUCCAUCAACAAGUUUUAUCUUCAUAUGACGAUGAUAUGUACGAUUUAUUUAACGAAGUUUUUUCGUAUUUACCACUUGGAGCUGUUGUCAAUCAAAAAUAUCUCCUUGUUCAUGGUGGUAUUAGUCCAUACCUUAAGUCUAUUGACCAAAUUGCAAACAUUAAACGUCCAAUUACCGAUUUUAUCGAAGGACCUGACGCAAAUUUGAUAACUGACAUAAUGUGGAGUGAUCCAUCAAGGAUUUACAGUCUUUUUCAUCCAAGUACAAGUGGAUUUGGCUAUGUUUACGGCCACGACGCAAUGAAUGACUUUUUACGUCAAAAUACUGUUAAAUAUGUUGUUCGUGCUCACCAAUGCGUUACAAACGGAUACGAAGAAAACUUUGGUGGAUCUGUGAUCACGGUUUUCUCUUCCAGCAAUUAUUGCACGAUGCCCGCAAACUCAAGCAGUAUCCUUGGAAUUCAUCCCGAAGAACCUCAUAGAGCAUCAGUGUUUCCACCAAUAAAACACCUUAGAAAGUUCGAAUGCGAUUUCAAAAUUGUUGAUUGUAUUGAUACAAUUCCUCUUUGUAAGAAACUCAAUCCAAACACAAAACACAAUAGUAUGAGGAAUUGGCAAAUGAGCAAGAGACCUAUCCUGUCAACAGCCUUCCCACCAAAGUCUCUCAGACCUGAUGAUUCAAGAUUACUUUCACCAUACAACUCUAUUGGUAUUUGGAUGUGUUUUUGUUGUAAACAGAAAUUCAUCAAAAGUGACACCUCAGAAAAGCUAAAAUAUUGA